CAACGAUAUUCUUGUAUAAAGCUUUCGUAGUAAAAAGGUUUCGGAAUCAAGCAUUUCGCACACAUACACACACAGCAGCAGCUCAGCAGCAGCCACCAUUGAUAAAAAUCUGCACCUUCUCUCUCUCUCUCUGAGGUUUUUCUUGUGAUCAUUUGCCCCACACACGCAAUCAAUAAAGAAACAUCUGUGUCUGCAGUCUGCAAUCAAAUUUUGAUGGCAUUGGUCAUAAUAUGUGGUCAACCAAGCAGUGGGAAGUCAACAGCUGCGCUUUGCCUAGCUGAAGCUCUAAACAACAUAGAACCUAAACCUAAUGUCCGAAUCAUCGACGAAACAUCCUUUCAUCUCGAUCGCAACCAAACCUAUGCUGAAAUGACCUCCGAAAAAAACCUAAGGGGAGUACUUAGAUCAGAAGUCGAUAGGUCACUAUCGAAAGACAGCAUUAUAAUAGUAGAUUCCCUUAACAGCAUAAAGGGCUACAGAUACGAGUUAUGGUGUCUUGCACGAGCUGCGGGAAUCAGGCAUUGUGUUCUCUUCUGUGACGUUGAAGAAACCGAUUGUAGAAACUGGAAUAAAGAACGCAGGGAGAAAGAUGGGAUUUCGUAUAACGAUGGUAUAUUCGAAGAUUUAGUUAGGAGAUUCGAGAGACCCGAUAGAAGAAACCGAUGGGAUUCACCUUUAUUUGAACUAUGGCCAUUUAAAGAUGGGAUAGAUAAAUCUUCUCCUGCUAUUAUAGAUCUUGUAUCUUACAUAACCAAGAAAGUUGACUCGAAAACCCGAGAUGUUAAAAUUUUGCAGCCAACAAUAGCGACACAAAGUGCUCGGUUUACAGAGGCGAACUCACUUUAUGAAAUGGACCGAGCCACACAGGUGGUGACGAGUGCUAUCGUUGAAGCUCAGUCGUUAGCAAUGGGUGGGCCUGUGACGGGACUUUCUAUCGGCCAUAACUUGCCGACUAUCAACAUUUCAAGGUCGGUUGGGUUACCUGAGCUUCGGAGACUAAGAAAGACUUUUAUAAAGUUGACCGGUCAAUCGAGCUUGAGUGGGCUACCACCGCCUUUGGAUGCUGACAGCGCAAAGAGAAUGUUUAUCGACUAUUUGAACCAAGAAUUUGGAAGUGGAUGAAGAAUGAGCCAAGAAUGUUUAUAGACUGUUUUGACAUUACAAUUGAUUCUUGUUUGUUACUUCAAGGCUAGUUUUGUGAUAAUUUUUUAACUUUUCUUUGUUGUAUUCAGCCAAAAAACUACCAUUUGCUUUUGUUGACUUUUUGAAGAACAUACCUUUUUUUUUU